ACACAAUCCACAGCUAGCCUCGUGGUGCCUCUUCUUGUUUCUACCCAUUUUCAUGCUUUUUAGCAGUGUCAUCUCUGUCUUUCCUGAACUGUGCUCAUUCUUAACCGUCUGCUGCUUCUCCUAUGCGUCUGCAUAACUGCAAUGCCUACUUCUCUGCCUAUCCCACUAGGAUGUUUCAUUCAGACUCUCAGCUUCCACCGUGAAACCUUCCUCAAGUUCUCUGAGCCCUUGUUUCCCCAAAAUGAACUCUGUUUGCGAUUAGAAAAGAUAAAAAACAAACCCCCAAACUUACGAACAUCAAAGAAAAGUUUCCAGAUUGAAAGGAUACACCAAGUGCCCAGCAAGCUGGACUAGGGGGAACCUCCAUCAGAGAACAUCACUGUGAAUGAUCAAAACAUCAGGUUUAAAGAGGAGAUGCUAAAAUGUUUCUAGAGAGAGAAAAUAAAAGAUCAGGAGCAAGAAUGGCAUUGGGUUUCUCAACAGCAACAUUGCACGUUAGACGACAAUGGUGUAUGCCUUCAAAAUUCUGAGGAAAAAUGAUUUCCACCAGAAUUUUAUACUCUCAAGUGUGAGUGUAGAAUGAAGGCAUUUCAGACCUUGUAGAUCUUAAAACUUUAUCUCCCAUACAUCCUUUCUCAGAUGUGCAACACUAAACAAAGGGUAAACCGGGAGGGAAAAAAGACAGAUAUAUGCAUUCUAUAUUACAAUCUGAACAUUGUAAGUGUCCUAAACUCAAAAGCAAAGGGGCCCUGUCUGUGUGGAGCCAUCUGCAUCUUGGAGGACAUUCUUAAUAGGGUGCAGACUUUCAGAGACCUCCCUCAGAUGCAGGGCCCACCCUCACUACUUCUGGCUCUGCAGUGACUCUUCAUACUCAGUUGCAGUCUGUGCCUUUGCAAAAGCUGGGAUGUCUGUACUAUACCCUUUGAGUCAGAUGCAAGGGACUAUUUGUCUUAAAUUUGUUCAUUUCAUUACUGUUCCAAGUGACCUCACAUCAGCAAAGAUUUCCUUGUAACUUCAUCUAGUUAUUUCUCAUGAUGGUGAAAGAAGGUACUAUUAUUUUCUAUUACCUGUGGAUACAAGGGAAGAAGUAAGUGUGUUCUGUUGCGGCAUCCACGUAUAAAGCAGCUUGACUUUGCCCACUGCAGGAAGCAGAAGGUAGUGGUUAGUCAUUCGGAGCCAGGCUGACUUUGGGAUGAACCCAGGCAUGUGACCUUGGUUAAGUUACGGGAACUCUGCACUAAUUUCCUUUUCUGUAAAAUUGGGAGGACCAUCUACCUCAUAGGUUUGUGUUGAGGAUCAACUGCAUUAAUACAUAAAGAAGUGCUUAGAACAGCGAAUGGAGCAUAAUAAACAGAAGUGUUUCGUAUUAUCAUCAUGUCAUUGAUGAGUUUUGAGUUAUCACAUAUAUACCAGUGAAACAGUCACCACAAUUGAGGUAAACACCAGGAAUGGAAUGGCUGAGUUAUACGCUUUUAAGGUUCUUGCUUUUCCAAACCCAGAAGACAGUGCCCGGAGCCAGGGGACAUCAGCCAUGCUCCAAACCACUUGGCCUCAGGAGCCAGUGGCCUUUGAGGAUGUGGCUGUGUACUUCACCCAGAACCAAUGGGACAGCCUGGCCCCUGCUCAAAGGGCCCUGUACAGGGAGGUGAUGCUGGAGAAUUACGCAAACAUGGCUUCCCUGGCAUUUCCAUUCCCCAAACCUGUUCUGAUCUCCCAGCUGGAGAGAGAGGAAGCACCGUGGGGCCCAGAUCCCUGGGAAGCAGAGGUUUUGAGAGACAUCUGUCCAGGUGGUGAGUCCUGGAUCAAGACUGAAGAGCCAACUGUAAAGCAGGAAGCCCCUGAGGAGACCGGGUCGCACAGAAUGCCGAUGGGAGGGCUUCUCAGAAACGUAUCUCAGCACUUUGAUAUUAAAAGCAAGGCAGCGUGGCAGACUUUCAGUCUGAAUCCCAAUCUGAUACUUCGGGGUGGAAUGAAGUUCUACGAAUGUAAAGAAUGUGGGAAAAUCUUCAGGUAUAACUCCAAGCUCGUUCGGCACCAGAUGAGUCACACUGGGGAGAAGCCCUUCAAGUGUAAGGAGUGUGGCAAAGCUUUCAAGUCCAGCUACGACUGCAUCGUGCACGAGAAGAAUCACGCUGGAGAAGGGCCCUACGAAUGCAAGGAGUGUGGCAAAGGUUUGAGCUCCAACACAGCUUUGACUCAGCACCAGAGGAUCCACACAGGGGAGAAGCCCUACGAGUGUAAGGAGUGUGGCAAGGCCUUCCGCAGGAGCGCGGCAUAUCUGCAGCAUCAGAGGCUGCACACCGGGGAGAAGCUCUAUAAGUGCAAGGAAUGUUGGAAAGCUUUUGGUUGUAGGUCACUGUUUAUCGUCCACCAGCGGAUUCACACCGGGGAGAAACCCUACCAGUGUAAGGAGUGUGGCAAGGCGUUCACUCAGAAGAUCGCCUCCAUUCAGCAUCAGAGAGUUCACACCGGGGAGAAGCCUUACGAGUGUAAGGUGUGCGGGAAGGCCUUCAAGUGGUACGGCAGUUUCGUUCAGCAUCAGAAAUUGCACCCCGUGGAGAAGAAGCCCGUCAAGGCUCUCAGGCCGUCCCUGACGAGUCCCCAGUGCCCCUCUUCGGCCUCAACUCCGGUGCCUCUCCAGGGCCCACGCUCUGCUCCGGCUGUGGCCGUGCCUUCACUGACCUUUCCACACGCCGUGCUCAUUCCUGCCUCUGGGCCCGUGUUCAUGCUGCUGCCCACGUCCGGAAUACCUCCUUCUCCCGUCCAGAUAGUACGAGUCUUCCAGGGUCUUAAUCCCACUGUGAAGCCUUCCCCAGUUAUCCUGACCCCUCCUUCUCACCCCUCGUGAGCUUUAUCUUGCACUUGACACACAGCAUAUCCUCAACCUAAUUUGAGUUUGCGUCACAGUUUUUGCUCACCAUACGUGUGUUACUACUGUUUCAGCACAAACUCCAUUGUCAUCUGUAUAUAUUUAAAGACUGUGUUUAUAUAAUAUAUUCUUUUUCUUCUGGGUAGACAAUGGAAAUCCUUGACCUUUGUAUUGGUCCCUUUCAGGCUUGAGCGGUGAUGGCUGUAUCUGUGUCAUGGGGGUGCUGGUGUUGAAAGUGCGGGCAGGACGCUGUGGUAUAUUAGGGGGUGUUGAGCAAGAGGACAUCCCUGUAACAGGCCCCUGUGAUUCAAGAGAGGCAGCCUGGGUGAAACAGAGGAGGCAUUUUAGAUCUGUCAGGGCUGGGAAUUGGAAUAACCUUCCAACAGCAGACUUUAGAAAUGAACCAGUAAAAAAAAAUGUAUGCAGUGGUAACAGUCAUUUAUUUAUAUGCUAGCGAUCAUGUCCUUACACAUGAAGUUUUCUUUUUUUAAUCUUUAGUUUUGCUCUUGAUAUUUAGAUGUUUCCUUUUAACUUUGGUUUUCUAAAUAAGUAUAUGGCAAGGCAUUCAUCUUUGUUGCCUAUGUUAUGUGAAUUUUUCUCGGUGGGCAUUCUGGUUUCCUGUUUGCAAGCACUGGCUUCUGCAUUUAAUUUUCUCCAGAUAGCAUGAAUAGGAAUUUGGCAAAUUUCUAAAGAAAUAGGAGCAAUAGAUUUGGGGGAAAUCUGAAUAAGCCUCCAAAAUUGUUUCUUAGGAAUGAAGACGGCUGUGUAGCAGAUCAGUGGCUAAGUGUACGUGGUAGGUUAGUGAAGUGGGAGUUUGGCGUGCUCUUGGCUCGUGACCAUGAUGAGGGUCUUGUACAGCUAUGCAAAGAGCCAUGUCAAGUGACUCCUGGGAAAAGAACUUGAGUUUUGCAUGCCAGGCAGACCUUACAAAUCAAAGGUUUGUGACAACACUGCGUUGUCAGAUAAUGGUUAGGAUUUUUAAGCAAUAAAAUAUUUUUACAUUAAAGUAUGUACCUUUUUUUAAGACAAAAUGCUAUUCAGCACACUUUAUAGACUAUAGCAUGAACAUAACUUUUAUACACACUGGGAAACUAGAGAAUACGUGUGACUCACUUUUGUGCUUUAUUUCCUUUAUUGUGGUGGUCUGGAACUGAGCCUGCGAUGUCUCCUAGUUCUGCCUGUAUUAGCACUAAUAUAAAGUAAAUCCUUACCCGUUGAUAAAAGAGGCCAUACAUUUUGUUUAAAGUUGCUUUUGCUAGCUACAUAUUUCUCCAUUGCAAUUAACAGAAAAGCCUUUAAAUUAAACCUUACCCGUGUGUCUGAUAACGUGGUGUAAAAAGUUAUUUUCUGGCCUAAGUCCCAGAGAUUCUGGUUUUGGACAUCGGUAGUGAUGCCUGUGAUAUGCCCAGACCUGUAGUGUGGACCACACUUGGAGAGAGGUGCCUUGAGCCGAAAAUGGCGGGGGGCAUACGUUGAUAGAGAGCUUGCCUGUUUCUCAGUGAUCUUCAGGAGAGAGACCUCUGAAAGUAGUUUGGGUGGUGUCAGUUUAGAAGAAGAGAGAGAAUCAAGUGAAAUAAGGCCUCUAGGGAAAACGAGAAGGGGGCAAAGAGAUGUGAUGUAGCCUGUGAAGAGUUCUUGAGGUCUCCACUGUCAGAAGGUUCAUGGGGGUUGGCGUUGGCUACCUUUUGCUGAAUUUGCUGUUUAUUUGCAUGUUGGCUGAGAGAAUGAGGAAAAUCCUUUUCUUAUAUAAAGUUCAUAAACUUCAAAAUAGCCCUUGGAGAGCACAGGAUGGGUGCUGCAGAUGAUUUAGGACUGAACGACAGUAAGAACGGGGUCGUAGCAGGGUCUAAGGGGAUAUGGCAAAAGGUGGUACUCAGAGCGGUGUUUACAAUCUCGAAUGCAUUCUUUAGAAAACAAGUUUGAAGUCUUGCAAUUGAGAAAAUUGGAGAUGGUAUUGGUGGCGGGAAACAAACAAAAUUAACCAAAAACUAAAAAUAAGCAAACGAAAAGACCAAAACAACCCCAAAUAAACUUAGCAGAAAUAAGAUACACGACAACGACAAAGUUUGGUAGAGGAGGUGGUUGAGCACAUUAGCGUUCACACCCUCCUGAUACCCCACUGAGACAGUAAAGAGAUUAAAAAUGAAAAGGCAUCAGCUGACGAGGAGCUUUCUGAGUCAGUCGUGCUGAGCCCCCGUACCCGUUUCUCAUCAGCUGGGGCGCCACAGGACACUGUAAUUCUGGCCAGUGACACGCAAGGGAGGGCUUGUGAGGGCUUUCAAGGAGUACAUCUUUCACCAUUAAUGAAUGAGACACAUAGCAGGUGGCCUUCAGGUGUCGCCAUGUCUGGACGUGGUGUUAGAGCUCCUACAGUCAUUUCGUGAGCCUGAGGGGAGCCAGACAAGAUGCAUGGGGUGGAGCCCAGAGGGUCCCAAAGGAAGGGACGCCUGGUCACACCACCCCUCUUCUUUUCUUUUGCAAUACCUUUGAAAGAUACAAUCAACAUAAAAUAAUGUACAGUAAAAAAAAAACCCAGAAAAUUGUACUCUUUGCCACCUGAAUCCUUCAUCCGGAUGUUAUUUUGAACAAUUUGCAUGUACAUUUUUCUGAUCUUUUUGCAUAUAUUUAUGUGUGUGUGUAUGUAUGUGUGAUAUUUUUAUAUAUGUAUGUAUGUGUGUGUAUACACGUACACACUCAUACAGUUUUUUUUAAACCCCCAGUGGGAUCAGACUAUAGACCUAGUCUUCUCAAACUGGAACCUGGUUAAAAUAAUCUGGAGGACUUCAUAAACGUGAUUACCUGGUGCCAUCCCCAGAGAUGGCCACACUGCGGAGGAUUACAGCUCAGUCCUCCCCAGUCCCAGUGGACAACUCAUCUGCAGUCCUGCCACCUCAGACCCUCUGAAUAUGCGUGACUCUGGUCCCCAUCCCUCCCAUUUUGCUUUCCAGUCCUGGGAGAACAACUGUCUUCACUCUAGAGUCCCCUCCUCCACCAGAAAGGCACAAAGCCUGCAUUGCAUCCUCUCCCCAGUCUAGUUAAUUCCCUCAAAAAAUUUAUACUUUUAACAGCAAAUGCCUAUUUUUAGAUAUUAUUUUCAUGUUAGACUGUGAUUCUGAUUUGCACUUCCUUUUUUCAAAAGAAUCACAAACACAUUUUAACUACACCCACAGGGAGAGAAAAACCCAGAUUUUAGUAUCUGAGAUAUCUGGCUACUCUCCUGGGAGAGGAAAAAGUUAUAUUUGCUCCUUGAUGAUUGACAGCAGCAAAACC